AUGAGCAGUUCCUGUGUGACACUGGCCGAGGUCCUGUGGGCAAAAGGAAGCCCUUUGGAGGAAGAAGAUAUAUGGGCACUCUUGUACCUAGCCACAGCGCAGCUUCUUGAGGACCUUCACAAAGACCCCACCAUCUGGGUGAUUUGCCCAUGGUCAGUGCUACUAUCUGCUGAAGGAAAUCUGUCUUUCCAAAACCAUGCAUCUCAGUCGGAAGCCGUUCCUUUCAGUGCACCCGAACUGCUCCACGGACCAAGUAAAAACAAGCACAUUGGACUAACAAAGAUGUUGGUGUAUUCCUUAGGAAUGACCUGCUACUGGUCAGCAGACUAUCAGGUUCCUCCAAACCAGUCCCUCCAGCUGAGUGACCAACUACACAGUCUCUUGCUGACACUAUGCGAAGAUCUGCCACAUAGAAGACUUUCGCCUGAAUCAAUUCUGGAAGCAUGUGAAGCACAUCAGAAGGAAUCCUACUCCUUACCAGCAAAUGUCUACAUAAAGAAAAUGGUCCAGCUUGUGCUUGGAAGUGUCAGUGAGGUAGAACGGGCAGUCACUGAAGACAGCACAGCCUCUCAGCUCAACAGAAGUCAUGUGAUAAGGAAAAGACUGCAUGAAAAAACAUUGGACACCUCAGCGUUGUCCUCCCGGAUGAAUUUUCACGGAGGCUUAGUCCCACAGACACACAGGUCAUGGGAUCCCACCCUCAGCGGGUCAAGGACACAAAGUAGCUACAAACUCUUCAUAAACAGGUCUGUCAGUGCUGUAGAAGAAAUCCCCAAUGCAGCUCAGAAGACCAGCAAACACAACCUGCUCAGUUUGGGCUCCACCUUUUCUGUGUCUACAAAGGACUACACAGCAGCAGCCGCUGCAUCACAAAAAUGUUUGUUCCAAAGGAAGGAGAAGUUUUCAGGUCCAGAAUUUAUUAUCUUAUCUAGUGAACCACCAGUGACCUUACAGCUACCUGGAUCAAUUGUGACUAAAAAAGGGAAAUCCUAUUUGUCCCAAAGGGAUCUCAACGUCAUUCUGCUCAACGGGCAGUGCCUUGAAGUAAAAUGUGACAUCAAGUCUAAGGCAAGAGACGUUUUCAACACGGUGGUGGCGUAUGCAAACUUAGUGGAACAUUUCUACUUUGGCUUGGCUUAUCUAAAAGGUAAAGAGUUUUUCUUUUUGGACGAUGAGACCAAACUCUACAAAGUGGCUCCAGAAGGCUGGAAUGACCAACCCAAGAAGAAAACCUCCAUCAUUAAUUUCACCCUCUUUCUGAGAAUAAAAUUCUUUGUCAACCACUUUAAUGUUAUCCAGCACAGCUUGACAAGGCAUCAGUUUUACCUGCAACUUCGUAAAGAUAUUUUGGAAGAGCGAUUAUACUGUAAUGAUGAGACUGCCCUGAAACUUGGUGCUUUGGCUUUACAGGCAGAGCUCGGCAACUAUGUUUCUGAGAUGCAUGGAAAGAGCUAUUUUCGUGUUGAGGACUAUGUUCCAACAAGCCGAAUAGAGAAAAUGACCCUGGCAAAUGUACAGCGAGAGCUGGCUAAGCUGCAUCGCAUGAACCGUUCCCUCUUCGAGGAUGAAGCCGAACUAGAAUUUUUAAAGGUGACCCAACAGCUUCCUGAAUAUGGAGUGCUAUUCUAUCGAGUGUCCCAAGAGAAGAAAACAGCAGGAGGGGACAUCAUCCUGGGAAUCUGUGCCAAAGGCAUCAUUGUAUAUGAGGUCAAAAACCACACAAGAAUUGCCAGUUUAAGAUUCCAGUGGCGGGAAACAGAGAGAAUUUCAGCUCAUAGGAAAAAAUUCAUGAUUGAAAGCAGCUUCAGUGGCAAGAAGCAUACGUUCAUUACGGACACGGCCAAGACUUGUAAAUAUUUACUGGACCUCUGUUCUGCCCAACACAAAUUCAACGCACAGAUGAAUUCUAGGCAACUUCGGCAAGCUUCAUCAG